AUGAUGCGGCAGGAGGAGAUAUCUCAACUGACCGCUUUCCACGCCGCCCAUUUCCCGGGUCAACCGAUCCCGCAACUGACCAUGAUCCAACAUCAAGUCGAAGGUCAAACUGAACCCGACCACCUUACGGGAAUUAAUGAUGACGAACUCGGCUACUACGACGACGGGACCAAGAGAACCCUGACCAAUGAACAGAUCAAGAUGUUUCGUCACUCGGAGAUUCAACGCUUGCUGAACGAAAGAAGGGCAGCCAGAGAAAAGGACGAAAAGCCGGUGAACACGGAGCCUGACCGUAGCUCCUCUGCCACUCGGAACUCUAGGAAGCACCGAUUUCACGAUGAACCUUCGACGCACCAUCCAAAUGUCAAUACCCUUGUGUACGACGAACAACCAGAGUCCCACUCGGCUUCAACUGCAACAGAGAAGGGAUUCUUGUGGCCAGUUCUAGGGCAGCGCGAAUCAUGA